AUGGACAAUCUCCGGCGGACGACGCAGAUGGCCGGCCUCAGCAGCAGUCUGAGCGAGGCCCUGCUCCGCAAGAUCGAGCCCACCCAGCUCGCCUUCCCCUCCUACCACUUCCAGCGGAACGAGAUCAUCCCCGGGCUGAGCGACCCGGCGCUGACGGUCCUGGUGCCCCUGCUGGCCUACUGGCUCGUCGCGAUCUUCUUCACCCUCCUCGACCAUCUCGAGCUGCCCUGGAUCGAGAAGUACCGGCUCCACGAGCCCGCCGAGAUCGCCAAGCGCAACAAGGUCUCCCCCGCCCAGGUCGUCAAGGCCGUCAUCCUCCAGCAACUCAUCCAGACCGCCCUCGGCAUCUUCUAUCUCGACUCCGCCCCCUCCAACGUCCUCGCCCGCGACUAUCUCGCUGAAAUGAAGCAGUAUGCCCCCCUCGUCUCUACCCUCGUUCACAUCCUCCUUCCCCCUCAGCACGCCCGCUGGCUGCUCCUCAACUACGGCCAAUCACUCGUUCAAUGGUCGUACUGGUGGGGACUACCCAUCCUCCAAUUCCUUUGGGCCUCGUUUGUCCUCGAUACCUGGCAAUACUUCUGGCACAGAGCCUUCCACAUCAACCAGUUCCUCUACAAGCACAUCCACUCCGUCCACCACCGUCUAUACUGUCCUUAUUCCUACGGUGCGCUCUACAACCACCCUGUCGAGGGCUUCAUCCUCGACACCUUGGGCGCCGUCAUCGCCCAUUGGGCCUCGGCCAUGUCCGUCAGACAGGCCACCUUCCUCUUCGGCAUCUCGACGGCCAAGACGGUCGACGACCAUUGCGGCCUCGCUCUCCCCUUCGAUCCGCUCCAGCACCUCUUUGGGAAUAAUGCUGCUUAUCACGACAUCCAUCACCAACAGUUCGGGAUCAAGAAGAACUUCUCCCAGCCGUAUUUCGUGCAUUGGGAUGUGCUCAUGGGCACGCGAAUGACGGCCGAAGAGGCCCAAGUCCGCCGCGACAAGCUCGCCUUCGCCCGCGCCUCGCCCGCCUCUCCCUCCCAAUCUUCCUCAUCGUCGGCUUCCGAGAAACCCGAGCUCGUCGUCCUGGACUCCGAGGAUAGCGAUUUGGAUAACAAGUCUUCCUCCAAACUUAAAACCCGCUAA